AUGUUCUUUAUGGCUACUUUCCACCUUGCCAUCAAUGGCUUUCGCCUUGUCCGUGGCUACGCCGACAUGAGUGAUGCCGAAGGAGGUCCCGUUGCCUAUUAUGGCGAUUUGAGGCGAUGGGAUCACAUCCUAAAGGACACCAUCUUCGUAACCCAGGAAAACCUUGGAAGUGCUGCAGCGGUAAACAUAGAUUCAUCACCUGUUGUGACGCGAAAGCUCACUGCAAGGCAGAUUUACAGGACAUGGACAUUGUGGGCACAUAAUUGGAAAGUCAUCAUCAUCCCCACAGUGAUGCUGAUGGUCAACAUUGAAAUAUGGAUCAAGACGUUCUAUUCCAUGGCGGUCGUCCUCAACAUCAUCACAACGAGUCUCAUGGCCUGGCGUAUCUACAGUAUACACAAGCAAUCAGCCAACUAUAGCCUCGGUCAAGGAAAACUUUUAUCUAUUCUACGCAUCUUGGUUGAAUCUGCGGCCCUCCAGCUCAUAGCGGAAAUCGUUUUGCUAGCUCUUUAUUGUCAAGACAUUAACGCACAGUAUUUCCUUCUUGAGUGCGUCGCAGCUGUUGUAGCCAUCACGUUCAACACAAUCACACUUCGUAUCAAAGUCGAGACAUACUCUGAGAAACACAACUCCCUUCCCGGAAUGUCGGGACAUCCCACUCAAACAAUCGGUAGCAUUCCAAUGAAGAGAAUCCACGUCAACAUUGAGCAGGAAGUGGACAACCGCGACGAUAGGAGCUUUAGCCCUCUUGAUGACAGAAUUUCAGAGAUGGAGAAGGCGUAA